GUUGAAAUCACACCUCAUUGUGAUGGAUUAUUACGCGCUUUGCAUCGACCGAGAAACACGACCUUUGGAAAUAUAUAAGGGCACUAAUCCGGCGAGUUCAAUUGCUCAACUAUCUCACAGAAAACUACUCGACAAUGAAGUGGCUGAUCUUAUUAUACCACCUGUCCGGGGCCUUGGCUGGCAAAGGGAAGCCACCUGUUUCACCUGAUGAACUUGCUUCCAGAAUCCGACUUGAAGACCUGCUCAAGGGAACCCAACGGCUUGAAGAUAUUGCUUAUUCGUAUCCCGAGCGUAACCGUGUUUUCGGCAGUGCGGCACAUAAUGAUACAGUGGACUUUCUCUAUCAUGAGUUGAAGAAGACCGGUUAUUAUCACGUGGAGAAGCAAGCACAGGUCCAUACAUGGACCAAGGCAGAGUCCUCUCUGACAUUCAACGGGGACUCUAUCGAAGUGGCUGCGAUGACAUACAGCCCCAGUGUUGAUAUUACCGCGGAGCUGGCAGUAGUCUCAAACCUCGGAUGCAGCGCAGCCGACUACCCAAGCGACUUGGCUGGCAAGAUUGCCCUUAUAAAGCGUGGAGAGUGUGCGUUCGCGGAAAAGUCGGUGCUUGCCGCCGGAUCCAAUGCAGCCGCCGCACUUGUCUAUAAUAACGUUCCGGGAUCUCUCAGUGGAACGCUGGGCGGAGUGACUCCUGAUCAUGGAUCAUUUGUUGCCAUAGCGGGAAUAUCUGACACGGAUGGCAAAGCCCUCCUCGAUGCAUCAUCCGACGGCGCUGUAACCGUCUCUCUUACGAUCGAUAGCCAGAUCGAGAAUCGCACGACAUUCAAUGUUAUUGCGGAGACAAAAGGUGGUGACCACAACAACGUCGUGGCACUAGGAGGUCACACCGAUUCGGUCGAAGCUGGACCAGGCAUCAAUGAUGAUGGCUCUGGGAUCAUCAGCAAUCUCGCGGUAGCACGAGCGUUGACUCGGUUUUCCGUCAAAAAUGCGGUCAGGUUCUGCUUCUGGACGGGUGAAGAGUUCGGCUUGCUGGGUAGUGAAUUUUACACAUCCAACCUCAAAGCUGAUGAGCUAGCAAAGAUCAGACUUUACCUCAAUUUCGAUAUGAUCGCCUCGCCAAAUUACGCGCUCAUGAUUUAUGAUGGAGACGGGAGUGCGUUCAACCAAACUGGCCCGGCUGGUUCUGCUCAGAUUGAAGCUCUCUUUGAGGAUUACUUUACUUCCAAGCAUCUGCCAUACAUUGCGACUGCUUUUGAUGGUCGUUCAGACUAUGAUGGGUUUAUCUCUCGUGGUAUUCCCGCAGGUGGCCUUUUCACCGGUGCUGAAGGCAUCAAGACCGACGAAGAGGCCAAAUUGUUCGGCGGCCAAGCAAAAGUAGCAUAUGAUGCCAAUUACCACGCUGCGGGAGACAACGUCACCAACCUGAACCACGAAGCAUUUCUGAUCAACUCUAGGGCGACAGCCUUUGCCGUUGCAACGUACGCGAAUAGCCUUACUUCAAUCCCUCCACACAACGCGACAGUUGCUCGACGAGGUGCGAAAAAACGCGCACCUCGGUCUCAUGCUCAUACUAAGAACACCGGGUGCUUCCACUCUCUGGUUGAAAUCUAAUGAGCCGAAAAUAUACGCGGCGUAGGAUCAGGUGGAGUUUGCUGUGUGCUUAACUCUUGGUCGUUUCUAGCUCGAGAUCACAAAGAGUUACAUUUAACAAGUCAUGAGAAUCAUCUCGCUUUAACCCUUCGUUGAACCAGAUUGUGCACCUAGCAAUGUCUUUUAAAUCGUAGCAUAACCAUUUAUAGUAUCUCUUUCUGCUUUACACAUAUUCUUGUUGUAGUUCGGCUCUAGGCCAAGUUGGCGCCCCUGUAAUCCCCCUCAAGGUACGCUAGAUAUGUCACGAUAGUUCUCAAAAGAAAAACUCCUGCCUAGAUUGAACUUAGACCGGGUUCUCGUCCAAGACCUGUUUCGGCCUCAAUGUGUGACAGUUUUUCCUCCACACCAACCACGAAAACGUGAUAGAACCUUUCAAACCCACGGCCAACCAAAGACUACUAGCAAUAGAUGUUGUUCGCGAGAGACCGCCCGCCGUCAUAGCACCCAGAAACAGUGCUAGAAAUGCAGCGAUUCUCCUAUUGCGUUUAGGAUUUGCAGACCACGGUCUAACAUAUAGCUUUGUAUCAACGAGCAAGUCACAGAGAAGUGUGGUAAGUACGACGGUGGGAAUCUCCUCGAAGGCUAGUAGGCGAGAGGCGCAAAUCUGACCGGCGGCCUGGAAUGCUAGCAGGCUGAUGGGCACAAUCUGGAUCCACUGGAUAGGGGCACGUGGGUCUUCAGGUCUGGGGCUGACGAGGCCGGCCUGCACUACGGAGGCAGCAAUGACAAGGGCGGCUGUUUGGAUGCCAAAGGAGAGGACGAGCGUUGAGCGUCGGAGUGGUAUAAGGGCCCGUGAGAGGUGGAUAAAGAAGAUGUUUCCGAGCAGGAAAAUUGUCAAUGCGAUGAGAGACUUUGCCCAGAGGUAUGCUGGGUACUCAGGUUGACCAGAGACGCCUA